AUGCGGAGCCGGCCGCGGAAUAACAUGGGGGGCGGCCACUCCCACAGGGCGCCCGUCUUCGACGAGAAUGAGGACGUUAACUUUGACCACUUUCAAAUAUUGCGGGCUAUUGGGAAAGGGAGUUUUGGAAAGGUGUGCAUUGUACAGAAGAGAGACACCAAGAAAAUGUAUGCCAUGAAGUACAUGAAUAAACAGAAAUGCAUUGAGAGAGAUGAAGUCCGCAAUGUUUUCCGGGAGUUGCAGAUAAUGCAAGGCCUGGAACAUCCCUUCCUGGUCAAUCUGUGGUAUUCCUUUCAAGAUGAAGAGGACAUGUUCAUGGUGGUGGAUCUCUUACUCGGAGGGGACCUGCGCUACCAUCUGCAGCAGAACGUGCACUUCAAUGAAGGAACUGUUAAACUCUACAUUUGUGAGCUGGCCCUUUCCUUGGAUUAUUUGCAGAGAUACCACAUCAUUCACAGGGACAUCAAACCUGACAAUAUUCUGCUGGAUGAACACGGACACGUUCAUAUCACUGACUUUAAUGUAGCAACCAUAGUGAAAGGCUCAGAAAAAGCUUCUUCUAUGGCUGGCACAAAACCCUACAUGGCUCCAGAAGUGUUCCAGGCUUUUAUGGAUGGAGGUCCAGGAUACUCGUACCCGGUAGACUGGUGGUCCCUAGGAAUUACAGCAUAUGAAUUACUGAGGGGCUGGAGGCCCUAUGAAAUCCAUUCAGCCACCCCCAUCGAUGAGAUACUCAACAUGUUCAAGAUCGAAAGAGUUCACUACUCAUCCGCAUGGUGCAAGGGCAUGAUAGCUCUACUGAAAAAGCUCCUCAUUAAGGACCCAGAGUGUCGCCUUUCAAGCCUUGCAGACAUCCAGAACUCUCCAUACCUGGCUGAUGUCAACUGGGAUGCUGUUCUAGAGAAAGCUGUGACCCCAGGCUUCGUUCCUAACAAAGGAAGACUGAACUGUGAUCCCACAUUUGAACUUGAAGAAAUGAUUUUAGAGUCCAAGCCUCUCCAUAAAAAGAAGAAGCGACUUGCCAAAAACAAAUCCAAAGAUGGAGCUAAGGAAACCUGCCCACUGGUUAAGAAGACAGCAGGAUCAAAGUGGGCAGACUUCCAGCAUUGGCAGCAGAGCGUCUCUCCAGAGCCACGAGAAGCUCCAAGACGGGAGGAACAACAAUUUGCUGGGACAGGGCUGCACCAGGGGCUGCAGCAGUUAGUGAGCCCACCCUGCUCCCACACAGGCAGGGAGGGUGGAUCCUCCCUGCACCCCUUCCUCUGCAUCCCUGCAUCCAUCCUGGCCCACCCAAAACAGCAUCCCUGGCCAAGGACAAACCUGCACAACACACAGGCUGAGGUUCUCCACCUACAACUCUGCUCUUGACUCUGCCACUGGAAAAAUGACCAUCAGCAGCAAAAUACAGUUUUUUAAGUAAGUGUGACUUUUGUUUUCAAAAUCCUGGAAGAAAACUUGAAACAAUUCAUUAGGCAGCCUCUCAAAGAUUGCCACAUUCCUGGAUAUUUGCAAGAGACAACUGGAGCCAGCUUUAUCUUGAAGGCUUUAAUAUUACCCCAAUCUCUCUGUUAAGUAAAAUGGUCCAGUUUGAAAUUUUGUGAAACUGCUGGACACAGCUGUCUCUAAGCAUCUGCCGUUGAGUUUAUAACAGAUGUACAUGAUGUAAAUACAUUAAUGUAGUGUCAAAUAGGCCAAACACUGAAUAAUUUCAUUUAAAUACCUGAAACUCAUUGAGAAAGUUGCAGUGUAAGUGUAUUCACAUUGUUCUUUGACAUCCUGUGUUCUGCUUUGUAAUAAAAGGUGUGACCCUGGCCAAAUCAAAGUUUUGCUAGCAACUUUAGUGGAUGCAGGAUCAGAAACACCUUUUUAUUUGUAACAAUAGGCUGACAGAGCCAGAGCUGAAAAGCAGCUUAGUAAGGAGAGCUAAAAACAUUAAGAAUUUGCUCAGAUCCAUAGCUAGGUGUUAUAAAAUGUUAAAAAGUUACAUGUGUCUCUGUUUUCAUUGAUCUAUUCUGGAUGAAACUGUCUUGAAUAGAAAGAAACCUACUUUAGUCAAAAUAUUGCUGACAUGAAAUCCUUUUAUUUUAAACAGCACCCAAAAUUCCAAACAUUUAUGUUAUUUUACAACUUGUACAUCCACAUUUUGAUAAUAAAUGCAUGUUUAUUCUGUCCCAUUGUGCUUUUGUUUUGAAAGGUCACCACCUGUAAGCAAAUUUCAUUUCAACUUUUUAAAACAAUUAGGUUAGGUUUUUGGAAGUGAGAAACAUUUUAUUUGAAAUAAUCUAUUUUUACAGCAUCAUUUCCAUUCUUUUAAAAAGAAAAGUUCUUUGUAAUUGAAUCUAUUGUAAAUUUUGGUUUAUGUUAUAUGUAAUUUUGGUCACAACUUUUUCACAAAUACAGAUUUUUAUCACUCCAUGAAAUGAUACAGUGUUCCACAUCAUCAACAACAAACAGUUUACAAAUGUACAAAGGUAAAGAUUUUAUGUCUGUCACAAGUAUGGUGUUGAUCUUCUUUCUUAAUUUGGUCACAGACUGAAAUAAUCAUACAAUCAAACAAAGGAGCAAAAUUUUUCUGGUCAUAAGAGGAUAAAUUUCAUCACCCAGAAUAAAC